UGAGCUCUAUACAGGGGAUGGGAACCGACUUCAACAGAACUACCCAAGAUUUUCCCAUGUUAAAAGUACUGUGCAUCUGCGAACAUGCAUCAUGGAACUAUAGCUUCUUUUAACUGGAAGAUUUGGAGAGUUGCAUGAGGGAGGACAAAAUUUCAUGGACAAAGAAGCAAGCCACUUGGAGAAGGACUAUGUUCAUAGUGUGUAUGAGAAGAUUGCCUCUCAUUUCAAUGACACUCGCUACAAGGCCUGGCCCAGAGUACGGCAGUUUCUUCUAGAACAGGAAUCUGGCAGCCUUAUUGCUGAUAUUGAAAAAAUCGUCUUCAUUUUAGAAAAAAAUCGUCUUCAGUUCACUCCCACAGGAUGUGGAAAUGGGAAGUACCUUUGUAUCAACAAUCAAGCCUACAAAGUAGGCUGCGACUAUUGCCUGCCUUUGGUAGAAUCUGCAAGAGAACAGAGCUAUGAAGCUAUGGUCUGUGACAGCCUGCAUCUCCCAUAUCGCAAUCAAUGUUUUGAUGCCAUUCUCUCCAUAUCAGUGAUACACCAUUUUUCCACAAAAGAACGCCGCAUUCAAGCAAUAAAGGAAAUGGCAAGGAUUCUAAGAGUGAGAGGAAAGAUGAUGAUUUAUGUAUGGGCAAUGGAGCAAAAGAGGCGGAAGUUUGAAAAGCAAGAUAUUUUUAUUCCAUUGAACCCUGCACCUCCACCUGCACAGUCUUUGGAGAUGAAAGUAAUGAAUGAAGAUAAAUCUUUCCAGCAUAAUAAUAAUGUUAUUCAUAAAGACAAACCAUUUAUUUGUAACCAUGAACAUAACAUCUAUGAAAAACAUGUAAAGAAAAGCCAGAAUUCCAUUUUGGGAAGGGAGAAUAUAUUGCUGGUUGAAAAAUGUUUUAAAUUAUGGUUGUUUUCUCAGUCACUGAAUUCUGUGCUAAAAUUUAGCAGCAAUAAUAGAACAAAGACUCCCAAUGAACUAUGGUUGUAUCAAGAUUAUUCUACAACAUUUAAAGCAAAUAAUGUGAUAAAAUCAUUUGAUCACCUGACCAGUUUUGUUUCUGAUGAGUUCUCUUAUGGACAGAGUUGUGAAGAUGUUCUAUCCAAAUCCCAACCAUCUAGCUAUCUUAAUGGUUCAGAGACUGAUGCACAAUUUUUUGAAUAUCCAUGUGCAGCAUCUUCUGGAAUCCCAGAUUCUCCUGGCUUACUAUCUAGCUGCAUUGCAGUUUCUUCACCAGAUCUUGGUUCACAGCUUCUGUUCCAAAGUAAGCUCCACAGUCGCCCCAAGAAAAAUAAAUCAGCAAGCUGCUGUACUCAUGAGAAAAACAGACAUAUUUUGGGUCCACCAAUACAGAGCAGUUUAAUCACUGAAUCCAAGAACUGGACUUUGGAGGCACAGGUUUUGUCAACGGACAAGGAUCAGAUUAAUUUCAAUAGUGCUUGUCUCAGAUACUAUCAUGUUUUUAAAGAAGGGGAGCUUAUUGAGCUCAUAGAAAAGUACACUGAAGAUUUGAAGAUAAUUGAGACAUAUUAUGAUCAUGCCAACUGGUGUGUAAUUGCAGAAAAAAUAUGAGUUUGCCAAACUCUAAAUUAAACGAUAGCCAUAUCCCUGGCAAACAAACCAAAAAACCUGAUAUCAUUUAUCACUGUACUGUUUAAAUAUUUACACAUUAUUUUCAUUUGAGUUGAUUUAAUUUUGUGGAUUACUUUAAUAUUGAAGUUAGUGAUAACACAGUACUUGAACAAAGUGCACUGCCAAAUGUUAGUAUAGUAAUGGUUAUACUUUAAUUCAGUACUUCCAUGUGCUUUGAUUACUAAAUUGCCAGGAAUUAACAAAAAAAACUAACUUAUUGUACAUUAUAAUAAAGUAUUCUAUUAACUACAAUGCUGCUUUGUUUGUUUAGUGGGGGGGGGGGGUUAAUGUGAUGUAUUCUCAGAUUAAAAUCUGUUUAGCUGAAAUAUUUAUUAUUGCCCAGACCUGUAACCAUUCUCCAGUGUCCCCAUGCUUCACCUUCUGAUUAGCUAAUAUCCAGAGUCUACAAAGCACCUCAGAACCCCCACAACUUUAGUGCCUGUAUAUUUACGAUAGUAUGGCCAGAUCAGAAAUAGAAUCAGAUUCAACAUCACUGGCAAAUGUCAUAAAAUGUGUUGUUUUGUGUGGCAACAGCACAUUGCAUUACAAAAUAAAAAAAUACUCUAAGUUGCAAUAAAGUGUGUGUGUGUGUACCCACUCGGGGGAGGCACUGGACCCCUUUGAUCUACACUAAUUUUGACAAAUACAUCAUAGAUACAUGAUGGCUUGGAAUGACAACUGUUCUUAAUGAGACUGUAAAAGACUGCUGAGGACAGAGCUGAGCACAUCACAGAACCCCCCCCCCCCGAGUGUCUGUCUCUAACCCUCUCCCAUUGGGUAGAAGAUACAAGCCAUGAAAGCAUAUACCACCAAUACCACCAGGCUCAAGGAUAGCUUCUAUCACACUCUUGGAAGUCUAUUGAACUGUCCUCUAGUAGGAAAAGAUGGACUUUUCAUCUCAUUCUACCUCAUUGCACUUUAUUUUCUGUCUGUAAUGCAUCUUCACUGUAACACUAUUCUGCAUUCUGUUAGUUUUCAUUUUGUACUACCUCAGUGCAAGGGACUAAAGUUUUUCAUUGUACUACAGAACCUAGAGCACAAGACCAUUGGACAUAGGAGCAGAAUUAGGCCAUUUGGCCCAAGUCUGCUCCACCAUUUAAUCAAUGCUGAUCCUUUUUUUCCUCCUCAGCCCCACUCCCCAACCUUCUCCCUUUACUUUUACUUUAUUGUCACCAAGCGAUUGAUACUAGAGCAUACAAUCAUCACAGUGAUAUUUGAUUCUGCAUUUUGCACUCCCUGAAGUACAAAGUAAAUAUAAUAAAAAUUUAAAUUAUAAAUCAUAAUUAGAAAAUAGAAAAGGGAAAGUAAGGUAGUGCAAGUCAGGUCUGGAUAUUUGGAUAUUUAACCUUUGAUGCCAUGUCCAAAUCAAGAGCUGCCUUAAAUACAUCUAGGCUGCACAGCUACCUGUGAUCACAAAUUCACCCCCCUCUGGCUAAAGAAAUUUCUUCACAUCUGUUUUAAAUGGAUGCCCCUCUAUCCUGAGGCAGAGCCCUCUUGUCCUAGACUCCCUCACCAUAGGAAAAUUACUUUCCACAUUUGCCCUGUCUAGGCUUUUCAACUUUUGUAAGGUUUCAAUGAGAUUCCUCCUCCCCCCCGCCCCCAUCGUUCUAAAUUCCAGUAAGUAUACACCCAGAACUAUCAAAUGAUCCUCGCAUGAUAACCCUUGCAUUCCCAGAAUCAUCCUUAUGAACCUCCUCUGAACCUUCUCCAACGCCAAUACAAUAUAGUUGAGGAGCCCAAAAUUGCUCGCAAUACUCGAGGCAAGUCCUCACCAGUGCCUUAUAAAACAUGUGACAAUAAUAAACCAAUUUACCAAUUAUUUCUCUCAGGUUUGAUAACUGGCUUAUUUAAUCAAACUAAUCAAAUUAUUUGAUCAGUGUAGUUUUUCUUAGCAUUUAUAUUAAUGACAUUUUAUGCAAUGACAGAAAUGCUGCUACUUGGAAAAUGAUCUUAAACCAAUUAAUGGUCAUAAAUAUAACAUUAAAAUUAUGAGAGAUGGGAUAGUCAGAAUCAUGUGGAAGGGGCAUCAAAAUCACUCAAGGUUUAAGGUCAAAGGAAGGAGUUUUAAAGGGUAUCUGAGAGGAAUGUUCUUUAUACAGUGGUUAAUAUCUGGAGCUUGCUGCCAAAGUGGGUGGUGGAAUCUGAUACAAUUGCUACUUUCAAGUGAUCUUAGACAGUUAUUUAAAUAGACAAGGAUUAGAAAGGUACAGACCUAAUGCAGGCAGAUGGGAUUGGUGUAGGUUGGCAAAAUGAUCAGCAUUGAUGUGGUAGGCUGGAAGGUAUGUUUCAGUACUAUAACUUGGCGUAACUUUUGUAACAAAUAACACUUGAAUUCAGCCCCAUCUGACAGUCCUUUGUUAUUUAAGUUGUUAAAUCAUAGCAAGGUAUUGGUCAAAUAAUGCAGAUUAUUUAGUUAGCAAUAAAAUAGCUCUAGUGUUGAUGUUGAAGAAAGUUGCCCACAAAAACUCAAAACUUUUGCCCUUGUUUUUGUCAUGCAUCUGUUCUAAUGCAGCAGUUCUAAGUCACCGCGUAGAUUGUAUGUCCAAAGAUUUUCAAGAAUUCUCUCAUAUGAUAAACCAGGAAGCAGUGGUGCAAUUUUUAACCUUCAAUUUGCAUAAGUGCAUGAGAAAAAUAUUUGAACAAGCAACAGGUUAAAAAAAAUUAGCAUUAGUCAUUUUCAUUGAAUUUGAAACAUGUCAAUACGUGCAAUAUUUUUUCAGGUACAGAGGCUUCAAAUGCAAGGAUAUAUAUCCUUUAGUUUGUAGAUAUCCAAUGUUCUUAUUAGAUUAGAAUUUCUACAGAUUACAUAACUGAAGACUGCAGAACUAUGCCUUCUACAGAACAGGGGAAUAUUGAGUACAAUUUUUGGAUUUCCAUGUUAAUCUUGCACGAAGUUGCUCUCAAUUUCAUCAUGACAAUAUCUUGACAAUCAUGACAAGAUGUCCCCCGCUUUACACACUUGGCUUUUACAAAAGACCUACAUUAGUAACCUCGUUUCCCAUUACAAAGAGGAUAUUCGCAUUUAAGAACAUUUUCCCCAUAUAAAUUAAUGGUUCUUUGCUUUACACCAUUUCGGCUUAAGAAAGAUUUCAUAGGAAUGCUCUAUCUUUGUAAAAGGGGGGGGGGGGGUAAUACCUGUAAACACUUAUUAUUUUACUAUCUCCAGGUCUGGCAAACAACUUUUGAUUGCAUUACUACACAAAAGCAAUCUUCUUCAGUGGUUUUGUUAAACAUUCGAGCUAUUAGUAAUUUAAAGGCAAUGCUAGUUAAGAAGGUGAAAAGCAGGACCUCAAGGGAAGUAAUUUGUGGAUUGCUACCUGUGCCAAUGAAGGUAAGAAUAGUAUGAUUUGGCAGUUGAAUGUCUGGCUGAAGAAUUGGUGCAGGGACAAGGUUUCAGAUUUUUAGACCAUUGGAAUCUCUUCUGGGGAAGUUUAAGAACUGUUCAAAAGGUAUAGGUUAUGCCUGAACUUGAGUGGGGGGGGGGCGAUAUCCUUGUGAGCAUAUCUGCUAGAGCUGUUGGGGAGGAUUUAAACUAAUUUUGCAGGGGAUGGGAACCAGAGGAUGGGGUAGUUGGUAUAAAGUGAUUGUGAGGAAAGAUAGCAUAAUUGCAAUCAGAUGGAUGGGUUGAAAUGUACCUAUUUUAAUAAGGGUGAUGAAUUUAGAGGAUGGUUUAAGAACUGGAACCACAAUGUUGUGGCCAGAGAGAUUUGAUGUUACAAGGGCAGGAAUGGCUGCUGAAUAUCUCAGUGUUUAGAUGUUUCAAAAGGGAGGGGAGGGAGGUAAAAGAGGUGGGGGAGUGGCAUCACUAAUCAAGGUUAAUAUCACAGCUAGAGAAAGGGAAGGCAUCAUAGAGGGAUCAUCUACAGAGUGAGUGUGGGAGGAAGUCAGUAACAGGAAGGGAACAAUCACUAUUGGGAUUAUACUAUAGGCUCCAAUAACAACAGACACUGAAGAGUAGAUCGUGAGGCAGAUUUUGGAAAGGUGCAAAAAUAACAAAGGUACUAUCAUGGGUGACUUAAACUUCCUUAAUUGUUUUGUACCUCCUUACUGUAAAAGGUGUCCAGGAAGAAUUCCUGUUGCAAUAUGUUGACAGGCUGACUAGAAGAGAGGCCAUAUUGGAUCUGGUACUAGGCAAUAAGCCUGGUCAGGUGACGUAUCUUGGCGGAUGAGCAUUUCAGAGACAGUGACAACUCCCUGACCUUUAUCAUUUUAUUGGACAGGGAUAGGAGCAGAUGGUAUGGGAAAGUAUUUAAUUGAGGGAGGGAGAAAUAUGAUACUAUUAGGCAGGAACUUGGGAGUAUAAAUUGACAACAGAUGUACCCAGGGAAAUGCACAAUGGAAAUAUAUAACUAUAUCCACUACUAAGCUAACAAACCAAGAAAACUCAUUGAUUUUUAAAUAUUUACUUUAAAUGUUGAAGUAAUUUUACUGUUAAUAUUUUUUGAAUUUGUUAAUGUCAGUGAGAUUCAGAAGCAAUCCACAGCGAUAUGCACUUUUGACAGCAGCAGUGCCAGGGACAUUUGCCUAGACAUGUGAAAGAUUUUAUGGAUGACGUUCUUUCUCCCAACAUGAUGGCACCACAAUAUACAAGGCCUUGUCAUCUGGGACUUCAGGCAGCCAGCUGAUAAUAACAGUAGCUGGAAAACUUCUCUAAUGCCAGUAUAGAUCACUGGCAAGUGCAGGCAUUUUGGCACAGACAAGAAGUUCAGAUUCAUUAAUUCAAGUGUAAGAACAGUAAAGCUGGUCUGAGCAGUCUAUUACAGUAUAUUAAAGCACUAUUGAAUAAAUCUGCAUUAACAAAUCUAAGAGAACCUGUACUUAAUAUAUUCAUUAUUUACUUGUACGAUCAGUGAUCUGCUAAUCUCAGAAAGAGAGUUCCAUAAGCAGGUGGCUGGUAUCCAAUAUUAAAUCUACACUUCAUAUGGUUAAUUUCAGUUUAUAAGAUUGAGAGUUCAUUAUUGUUUUCAGUAGUGCAUUCUUACGUUUGAAAAAUCUUAUCUGCCCACCUGAUAGGCUAAAAGGUAGUUUAACUGCAAUGGAAUAUCAUCAGUGUUAUGUCAUUAAUAUUAGUACAGCAUGCCUAUUAGAUAACCUAUUUUAGGUUGGUAGAGCUUUAGUACAUGAACUAAAUGAACAGCAAAAUUAACUUAAAUAUCCUUUGUUGUGUGAGAUACACCCACACCACCUAGCCCAAUAGCCCAAUUAAUGUUUUUGGGUUAUUCCUCCUCAUUACUGCUGACAACACUCCACAUUUAGCGAGUGUUGGAAAACAAUCCUUAAGAACUGUUACAAUGCUUUUGUUACUUCGUUCAAUAGCAGUUGAAGAAUUCCUGCUACUAUUCUAAUAUUGGCAAAGUGGGAGUUCUAUGUCUCAUCCAUGCUCCAAGUUCAGUAUCAUAACCAUGUCCCUAAAUACUUAAAUUUCUUUCUCAACUGUAAAUCCAGGGCCUCCAAGGUUUCCACCUACCUUUUGACCCGAUCUGUCCAUUUACACAAAUUUUCCCAUGCCCAAAAGAAUAUUUG